GGCUAGGCCCAAUAACUUGACUAAAUACGUUUUGGUUUGAUAAAAUACAACGAAAAAAAAAACAUCGAUGCUAAUUUUGUCAAAACAAUACAUCGAUUCCACUUGGCGUAGUCGACGAGUCUAGUCAUCAUUGUUCAUCUGGUCACACUGCCACAGCUGUAAAAAGAGAAACAAAAAAAAUCAAAGGCCUCAACGAAAGACAAUAGGCGAAUAUAACUAAUAACUUGUAGCUAUACAAAAUGGCUGGAUAUAUAAAGACGAGGAAACGCAGCCGGGAAGAUGACCUGCCAUGUGAGUCUACACCUCUCUCGAAACGCAUAAACAAUCUUCAUCUAAACUAUGAUGAUGGAAACAGCAGCAGCAGUAGCAGCUGUAGCAUUCCGCCCCUGGGCAACAGUGAUAACAACAACUACCUGCUUACAGGAACAGUCCCAGCCGUGUCUGGUGGAGCCACCGAGCGUGUUUUUGAAUACAAUCCAGAGCUGGGGGCAGAGCAAAAUCCAUAUUACUACGAAAAGAACAAAAUGCUGUAUGACUUGCAUGUUGAGCGUGUUAAGCGCAGCAGUCAGUAGAUAUUAUAUACAGGGUCGGGAUCUUGGAGCUACGCAUCCGGAAACCCCACUCUCGAAUCGCCAGCGUGUCCCGUGCCAAUCGUUGCUCAGGUCGCACUUUUACCCUCCUCCCAAAAAUAUACAAAUUUUAGUGUUUAGUUUAGUUGUAGUUCUCACAUCUGUUGAACUUGUAUGUUUUAAUGUCGCACCAGCGUUUAUGUGAUAAGCAUUAGCAAUUCUAAAAUACAUUUAUACAGACUUAUAGAAGCAGUUGACCCUCGACCCCCCCAAAAAAGUGCACAUGUAGUCUAAGCAGGGUCCUGUCACCUAAUAUGUACAUUAUUCGUAUAUUUAUAAGCUAAAACCUAAACGAAUAAAACCAAUUCCAACUUCA